GCGAGUCCACCUUCAUGGCGCCAUCAUGGCGUCCACACCCUCUCCAUCAGAUCCUGACAACGAACGAUAGUGUGCACUUUAUCACUAGGAUGGCUGCACCAACGAUGAAUCCUCCCCCACUAGCUGGGUACGUGUACAAGCGAACCAAGGCCGAGUGGAAAUCGCGGUAUGCCAUUCUGAACCGCGGCGUGUUGACCCUCUUCAAACACAAACGCAACAGCUUUCCCUGUAACACAAUUCUGCUUGCGGGAUGCACAUUUCACGCCACGGACGACGACAUGACCGCGUGUGCCUUUGCAAUCUCUCACCCGAGCCGGCCACCGACAACGCGCAUGCUCUUAGCCACUUCCGAGCCCCACGUCUUUUCUACGUGGCUCCAUGCCCUUCAAGUGCAUUCUCUCGUCCCGGUCGGUCCGCCGGUGCUCUCACCAUCGCUACGCCCGUCGUCGCUACCGUUCGAGAUUCCAGCGGCAGACAACCGGGACGUCCCACCAACAUAUCGAGGACUCGUCGAACCGAUGGUCCACACGUUUCUGGCGCAGUACGUGCACAACGACCCCCGAUGGACGCUCGAAACCGACCACGGCGGCGUGAAAUCCGUCCAGUUGUACUCAUGCCACGCGACUCGGGCUGCCGCCAUGAGCAGACUCAUGAUCAAGCACGCGUCCGACGACAUUGCGACCGUCGUCGUGGAUCCGACCUUCGACGCGACUGUUCGCGACUCCAUCGUUCUCGACACGUUCAACGAACACACGACCGUACUGCACGUGACGACGAAAGCGAUGUUUCCGCAUCGGGCUCGCGACUUUGUCAUGUUGACCCACCGCCGAACCCUCCCGGACCAGUCGGUGGUCGUGGUGUCGCAGUCGAUCCCAACUCCGCCCACAACGGUGACGUCCCACCACCACACGGACCGCGCGAACCUCCUCAUGGAGGGGUACCACAUUGUACCCAACUCGGACGACACGGCCGCCGAAGUCACGUACGUUGUGCAUGUUGACGGCGACGACAGCCUGCCAGACGACGUCGUGGUGUCUCGCGCUCUAAAGCUCGACGUGCUGCGGACGUUGCUCGAGCCCCCUGGGCCUGCCACAUCGCCUCGGGCACACCGAGCGAUUCCGCGAGCCAUCUCUCAAGCAAUGGCUCCGUCCAACACACCCAAUCAAGACAAUGUGCCUUCCCCACAAGAAGACGAUGUUGGCGAGUACACGAUUCCACCGGAAUUUGUUGCCGAUGUCGAUCAAGCCAUCGCUAUGCUUGUCGACGCUACGAAGCCGACCAACUUGACUGCAUGGUCGUUUCAGUCGGAAAGGAUGGGAGUCCGCGCCUACUCCAAGCCAGACGGAACCUCCCUAACGUCCGUCCUCGGAAUGGGGCCGGUCCCAUUUCCAGCGUCUACAAUCCUCGGGUUCCUCUUGGACACCGGGCGCAAAGUCGCCUACGACCCCAUGUGCGCAGCUGCAUAUCCCAUCACACGACUUGACGCCCACACAGUACUCGACUACUACGCGUCCAAGCCCGUGUUGAUUGUGUCCGGCAGGGACUUUGUUAACGUUGUUCACUGGCGGGUCUUGCCCGACAAGUCGAUCGUGGUCGUCGCGAAAGCCACGGAAAGUAACCUCAUGCCACCCAAGGCGGGCCUCGUUCGGGGCGAAAUCCACGUCGCGGGGUGGCACAUCGUGCCCUCGACGCCUUCUUCCGCGGACGUGACGUUUCUGGUCAAGAUGGAUUUGAAAGGGUCGAUCCCGACCUUUGUCCAAAACAAAAUUGUCGUCGACCAAGCGUUUGUUAUCCUGGCACUCCGGAGCCAGCUCGAGGCGCUACCGAGGAUGAAGUCGUUCAGGGUCAAGAACGAGUCCACCGGGCGCAUGGAGGCCGCCCCGGUGCUUCCCCUUGGUACUUGCAUCGACACGACCAACCCCUCGAUCCUGCUUGAAAAGACCUCCCCUGACAAGACGCGGCGUGGGCCAGAGCCAACGAAGAAAGGUUCAAUAGUUUGGAUUGACGACACUCCACCCACCGCAGUUUCCGCCCCGGUGCCCAUGACAGACCUAAACACGUGGAAGUUGGGUCUAUAUGCAGCAGUGUUCCUUGCAGCCCUCUUCGUUCUGCCCACACUACUUGGCUGGUACACUGUCCUCUGCGUCGGGCUGGCAUUCCUGGCCAGCCAGCACUAUCAAGAGCAGCCCUCUACUCCAUGCCAGAAACCGGGCCACCUCGCGUCAUGGAAAGCUAGCAUCCAACGUAAUGGCGAACUUGUACAAGGCACAUUGGUCGUGGAUUGCUCGGAUACACUGGCGUACCUGGAGCAGCACAAGCGUCGGAGUGGCGAGUCGAAAGUUACCCUCACUCACGUUGUCAUCCGUGCAGUGGCCCAUGCAAUACGCCAAACGCCUUCCCUUCAUGGCCGCGUGGCGUUUGAGUCAUUCUGUGCGACCAGCGACGGCGUUGACGUGUCGUGCCUCGUUGACAUUCGCGACGGGAAGGACGUGGGCUCUGUCACGUUGAAAGGUGCCGAUGCGUUGUCGAUUCAGUCGAUUGCUACCGAGGUCGUGGCAGGAGCCGGCCGUGCGCGCUCUGGCCAACCUUCAGCAAGCUUGUUCUGGCCGACGAACCGUUGGGCUCAGUCGCUACCUUCUUCGCUCGUGACGUUGUGGAUCCGCUUGAUGGGCUGGACGAGUUACAUGUUCCCGAGCCUUGACCUGCAGCCACACCGAUACAGUCACGCCAUUGUAGCCAAUGUAGGCAAUUUGGGUUUCGACGACGCGGUUCAUGUCCCGACGGCGACGCUCUGCCACGUGCCAUUGACGGUGGUGAUUGGCGCCAUCUCGAAACAAGCCGUGGUGGUUGAACACGAAGACGAAGAUCGCGUCGUCGUGCGGCCGAUGGCUCGUCUCAACGUUAUGAUUGACCCGCAGUACGCGGACCCGGCGACAGUCCCCCAGUUCACUCGGCACUUACGCGCCUUUGUCGAGCAUCCCGGCGUGCUCGACGUCGGUGCAACCCGCAUCCAAUGAUGUUUCGAUGCAAUGUGAGCACUCACACGAACGAAAUGUCUCUUACAAGUACAGUAGUCCCCCGCAUUUGGCAUUUGGGAACCCACACUAAUUAAUACCCUCGAAAAAUUAAUUCUUGUCCAGGAA